GGCGGAAGACCCACCCUUGACCCCUAAGCUCAGUGAGGGGUCUUCAGAGAGCUCACUUGUCUUUCCCGCAGGUGGGCCAGUGGGGGCCCGAGGCUGGAGGACUGGCUGCCUCCGUGGCAGAACCAGGGGAGGUGGCUGCACCGGGACACCUGCUUCCCAGAGUUUGCCGGGACCGAGGAUGGGCCCGCUUCCCGAGCUCCAGACGUGGGCCAGCAGGAAGCCAGAGCCAGCAAAGGACUCACCAACGUCCUGCCUAAGAGGACCGGCUGCGUGGGACCCCGGGUACCCACUACUCCCGGUCCAGGAAGCAUCCUUGUCGCGCAUCGGUGCUGCCCAGGGUUGCCCGGGCAACGGAGGAGGGAGCCGGGGAGGGUACCAGCACGGGACCGGCCACAUCCCGUAGGUUCGCAUUGACUCUGGAGACAGACCCCAGAUCUUCCCAGGACACAGUCUGGUGAGAAGCCAUCCGAGCUGCAAUGACCAGCGCGCCCAGAGGGGCAGCAAGAGGGACGUCCCAGAGAGACCUCGAGGAGGACGCGGACGAGCUCGUCCAUCUAUACGGCCUCGAGGACGACGACGAGCUAGGGGACGAGUUUGCGGACGAAACCAUGCCCCGGAUAGAGGUUUCGGAGUACCCCGCCGCGGAGCAGAGAGACUGGAGGCUCAGCGGGGAGGCAGCGGAGGCCGAGGACCUGGGCUUCGGGGGCUGGGGCUCCGAGGGCCAGUGCCAGGACCUGCGGGAGGCCUACCGGUACGCGCACGGCCGGGCCAGCGAGGAGUACGAGUGCUACGUCAUCCCGGAGGAGGAGGACGAGGAGGAGGCCCCCGACGUCUUCUGCGCCACCUGCAAGCUUCCCCUAAGAGCGCUGGAGAAGGUUCUGGAAGAGCACAAAGGGCAUGAGGUGACCCCGCUCAGUAAAGCCCUGGAGAGCGCCAAGGAUGAAAUUCACAAGAACAUGUGCAGACUGGAAAAGCAGAUCAUUGAGAUGGAGAACUUUGCCUGUCACCUCGAGGAGGUCUUCAUCACGGUGGAGGAGAAUUUUGGAAGACAGGAGCAGAACUUCGAGUCCCACUACAACGAGAUCUUGGAGACGCUCGCUCAGAAAUACGAAGAGAAAAUACUCGCUCUGGGGGAGAAGAAGAAGGAGAAGCUGGAAGCCUUGUAUGGUCAGCUGGUCAGCUGCGGAGAGAACCUGGACACCUGCAAGGAACUGAUGGAAACGGUCGAGGAGAUCUGCCACGAGGAGAAGGUUGACUUCAUAAAGGAUGCUGUGGCUAUGGCCGACAGACUCAGGAAGUUCCUGGAGACGAAAACAGACGUGGAGCUCGCCGCCCAGCCGGCCUUGGAGGACCAGACCUUGGACUUCUCCGACGUGGAGCAGCUGCUGGGCUCCAUCAACACCAUCCCAGCUCCCUCUGCCCCGGUGAUAAACCCGCAGGCCCCCAGCUCAGCCACGGGCUCCUCGGUCCGCGUGUGCUGGAGCUUGUUCUCCGACGACACCGUGGAGAGCUACCAGCUGUCCUACCGGCCGGUGCGGGACGGCUCGCCCGGGACGGACCACACAGAGUCUACAGUGACCGUCAAAGAAACAUACUGCUCGGUGGCAAACCUUGAGCCAAACACGCAGUACGAGUUCCGGGUCACGGCUCAGAACAGGGCCGGCCUCAGCCCCGCCAGCGAGCGUGCGGUGUACAUGACAGCCCCAUCUCCCCCCGUCAUAAAGAGCAAGGAGGUGCGGAGCUGCGAGGAGGCGGCGCUGAUCCGCUGGGAGUCCGGCAACCUGAACCCCGUGGACUCCUACACGGUGGAGCUGACCCAGGCGGAGGCGCCGGGAGCCGCGGGCGUGACGGAGUCCGUCGUGGGCGUCCCCACCUGCGAGGCCCUGGUGCAGCUGCAGCCCCGGCAGAGCUACGCCAUCUACGUGCGCGCCCUCAACGUGGGGGGCCCCAGCGCCAGGAGCGAGCCCGCCACGGUGCACACCACAGGCAGCUACUUCCGCCUGGACGAGCAGACCUGCCACCCCUGGCUGGCCAUUUCCGAAGACGGGCUGACGGCCGUCCGGAGCGAGAGGAAGGCCCCCACGAGGGAGCCGCCCCCCAGAAGCACCCGCUUUUCCAGGUGCGUGGCUGUCAUGGGCAACCUGAUCCCGGUCCGAGGGCGCCACUACUGGGAGGUGGAGGUGGACGAGCGGUCGGACUACACGGUGGGCGUGGCCUCUGAAGACGUCCCCAAGCAGGAGGACCUGGGAGCGAACCGCCUGUCCUGGUGCAUGAGGCACACGUGGGCGGCACCCAGGCACAAGUAUGAAUUUCUGCACAACAAGACGACCCCAGAUAUAAGAAUCACAGUCCCCCCUAAGAAGAUUGGCAUUCUGUUAGACUAUGAAAACUCCACAUUAUCCUUUUUCAACGUGGACAUUUCUCAGCACCUCUACACCUUUAGCUGUCAGCUUCCCCAGUUUGUGCACCCCUGUCUUUCUCUGGAAAAGCCGGGGCGUCUAAAGAUACACAAUGGCAUUCCGGUGCCAAAGCACGUGGCUCUCUACUAGGAAGUGCUGGUGCCCACCCUCCCCCAGCCACUCCCGCCUCAGCACUCAAGCACCGGGCACCCAGCACAGCUUGGAUUCGUGCUGUUAGUCAUUACCAGGCCCGGCUGUGAAGCGAGGGCUCAGGCUAAAUAAACUCAGCAGUUCUUUAGUUGGUCAA